AUGUCAUCGUCUGAAGAAACACAGCCACUACUCUCACCGGUGUUACCUCCAUUGCUGUUUUCGAACAAUCAUUCAUUAUUUUCAUCACUUGAUGGCAUUUUAGCAGGAUGGUCUCAAAUUGUCACUUCAUCAGAUCUCAACUGUAACUUUAAUGACUUAUGUCGAUGGCGUAAUUUAACCGGUAGCACUGAAGAGGAUGGUCGUUUUAUGCUUACUGAUAAUGUGCAUAUCGACAAAUAUCAUCACAUUCGGCCUAUUCAAAAUGCAACCGGUAAUCGUUUCGCUUACACACAAGGAUCGUUUGAUGGAUAUCAUAGAGCGGCGCUUGUCAGUGAUAUUAUAAGCUGUCAAAUUGGUGGUGGAAGCUUGCAGUUAUGGUAUUACCGAACUGGUAUAAUGACAACCCUUGAUGCUUGCAUCAGACAGCCACCAGGCUCCUCAGAUCCCACAGCACUCAAAUGUUUUCCAGCUUUCGCAAAUAGUCAUGGACAACAGUGGACAUUUAGUGCCAUCGAGUUCCCUCCAGUAACACAGCCAUUUGAGGUUACUUGUAAAAUCAUCAUCUUUUUACUGUUAAAAUGUUGGAUGGCACCUCGUAUUUGGUGUGCUGCAUUCACACGCAACUACCGUAUUAGGUUAGAUCAACUCUCAUGUGCCUCAGUCAAAGGUACAGGGACCGGCUCUGUAUGUGCAGUUUGUCAAGCGGAAUUAUCAGCCAAGCUUGCAGGGUUUUACGAUGAAGAAUAUUUCUCAAAAAAGCCACAUGCAAAUCGUCAAAGAGAUUGGAAAUCAAGCAUGAUCGGUAACGAAUUUAUCGGUCAUUUGAGUACACAAAAGCAAGAACGAUUGAAACGAAACGCGGCCGAAAGUAGCAUAACAUCCCCAAGUCCGAACGAUUAUGAGGAUUUGGCCCGACUUUUGAAAAACUGGUAUGGAAUAGAUAACACAAGAGAUCCAGUUGCCAAAACUUCGCUAGCUGCUGAAGAAAAUCGACAAAAUAAAUUUGUUGUCAGUGAUCAAAAUACAGUGCCUUCCAAUGAUGGAGUCGUAAAAGAGGAAUCGCCGUAUUCUGUUCUGUUAUCAGCCUUACGACAAUUAUCUCCAACGACAAUGGUGCCAUCUCAAUUACACACCAUUCUACCAUCUCCAAUUAUACCCUAUAUGGUUGUUGAUCCACUUUCGAGCUCUAUCGCUCCCCAGACGCAACCAACGACACCAACCAUUGGUAGUGCUUUGCAUCCGAACAUUUUGAGAGACCCACAAAAAGUCGACGAUGAACAUCUAAGCAAGAUCACCGAAGCAUUUGAUCAUUACCUACCGAACGUAACGCAAAUCAUUCAACAAUUUGCUCCAGUGUUAUCUCGUUUUAUUAGUGCGAUGCGAUCAAAAACAAUGGAUAUUACCCGGCAGUCUGAUACAGCAACAUCCAUCGACGACCUCUCACAGCAAUCUUUUCUUUCGAAUGCACCCAACUCUCAACGUUUGCGAAUACAUUCCACUAAAACUUUCCAAAAAUCACCAAUAUUUAUCUCCUCCAGCUCAGAUCGAUCUGAUACAGCCGUUGAUAUAACAUCGCAAGAUUCAGAUUCUGAGGAAGCUGUCAUGCCUAGCAAUGAAGCGCUGCAAGUGGAUUCCUCCAAUCAGAAUAAGCGCCACAAUUCGCUAAGUAUUAAGAGAAUACCAAAGAACAACUUUGGUAUGCAACGUACGAUGCGCCGAUUUACGCCAUCUUCGUUUUCCACAACACUCGCUCCAGCAACGGUGAAUAUAUCUGGUAAUAUGAAUCUUGAUAUCAUCGAACAAUUGGAACCAGUUACAUUAAAAACUCGUCAACAAGCGCACCUCAGCCACGUACAACCGCAAACAACUUUAUCUUCAAGACCAAAUGAGCCGGCAACAAUACCAGAUCAAAACGCAGACAUCGUAAAACAAACUCGUUUGGAAUUUAUGAGAAAUGAAUCAGUUGAAGUGAGAGGGCUGAAGCAAUCACAGCCGACUCAGACACACAUUGGUUCAGAAGUUGAAAAGCAUGGGAUCCAGUCUUCGAUUUUGCCGCUUACUGUGUUUGAGAGAAAGCACAAGAAUCAGCAAAAUCACAUUCUGAAAAGUUUACCAGAUGAAGUUUUGAAAGAAUUAAAGAUGCUUAGAAAAAUACCGAAUAUUGAUGAACUGACAGCUGAUAUGGAUUUGAAUUUAAUGAAUCAACCAGGAGGAUUCAAUCAGCUCAAGGAACAGUUCAUUGAGCGCUUCUUACAAUGGAACAAUAUCUCACUAUCACCAUCAUCGAGGGACGACGAUACUGUGACCUUUUCCAACUUUGGCCGAAGUUGA